AUGAUCCGACAACCCAGUAGUGUGAUCAUCGCUGGUCCGUCGGGCAGUGGCAAGAGCGAAUUGGUGGAACAAUGGUUACGGAACCUGAAUGUCUUUCAAGUCAAAUCCCACAAGAUUGUUUAUGCCUAUGAUCGUUGGCAACCCCGGUUCGAUCGUAUGCAAAAAAAGGAUGGGAUUCAAUUUCAUCGCGGGUUACCGGACCCCCGUCAUUUGACUCAAUGGUUUGGUCGGACGCGCGGAGGGGUGCUGGUCUUGGACGACCUGAUGGAAGAAGGGGGACAAGACAAGCGCGUGUUGGAUUUGUUCACCAAAGAUUCUCAUCAUCGCAACAUCACGGUGCUGUAUUUGACGCAAGAUUUAUUCCCGCCUGGCAAAUUUUCCAAGACCAUCAAUCGCAACGCGCAUUACAUUGUGGCGUUCAAAAACCCCCGGGAUCAAACAGGUAUACGGACCAUUUUAUUGCAAGCCUAUCCUGACCGGUGGCGUCAAGUCUUGCGCCUAUUUAAACGCAUCACGUCCCGCCCCUUUGGCUAUUUGAUGUUGGAUGUGCAUCCUGCGUCGGAUGAUCGCUACCGCCUGUGGAGUCAUUUAACGCCCCGAGAAGGCAAAGCGCAAGUCCACACCUUGCGUGCGGAUGUCCCUGCCGUUCGACAACGAACUGCAACGAGAACUCGCCAGGGUCCGCCGGCAAAGAGAAGGCGGACAACAUACUGAUUUAGCAGCCCGCAUGGACACGCCAACCCUCUCGCCCGCCGGCGUGGGCUCCCCCACGGCGCCCCCUCCACCCCAGGAUCUCAGCAGCAUGACGGACAUGGUGACUGAAUUGACUCGACCGGUGGAUCGUGCCCAAUUGGAUCAAGAGAUUGAGGAUUUCAAUUUGACCUACCCGGUCAAUGUGAAUGAUGCCUUGAAUGCGUUCACGUUACCACCCGUGGCUGGCACCGGCACUGCCCCCGUCAACACCACCAACACCACCACGGCACCGCCACCACCCUCCAUCACCACGACCACCCAAACACGACCUGUCACGUCCACCCGAACACGCCCCACGACCACCACGACCAGUCGACCACGACCCGUCACCUCUACCCGAACACGCCCUGCCACCACCGCCACGACCACCACCGCUCCCUCACGCCCCUCCACCUAUCGCCGCAGCGCUGGGGCAGGGACCAGGACCACCACCUCCACGGUGACAACCCCCAUCGGACGCCCCACCAUCGCUGCCAAACAACCGCGACGACGUCCCCGCGUGCCCUCCCCACCGUCCCCCGAUUCGUCCCCUCCGUCCGAGGACGAGGAUGACGAUGAUGAUGACGACGAUCGACGUCGGGGAUUAAGGCGACGGUGGGAUUUGCUCAAUGAAGAUGCUCAACAACGUGCUCGGGGCAGACGUAUUCGCAACAUCACGCACACCAAUACAGUCACCACGGUCUACGAAGAUGGAGGAGGGCGACCAUCGGUACGUCGCACGUCCACCCGCACGUCCAGCCCAAGUCCACCAAGACCACCACGCCGAGGACGGGGCCGUGGCCGUGGCCGAGCACGCGGACGGAGUCGACGCCCGUGAAAAGGACAUAAAAACAGCGUCCUUCCUCCCACCAUCCCAAAAUGUGUGGCCGUUGUCGAAACGCGAUGGCCCCUAGGCGCAAACGCAAACGCACGACUCGACGUCGACCACGGCGUGUGACCUAUAGUCAAGUGGGGGGUGUUGGAGUCGGCCUGCCUGUAGGGAUUCUCAAAGCCGGUUAUGGGAUCACCAAAGCCAUAGGGGAUCAUCAAACCAAGCGUGCCAUCAAAAUUGGCGAAAAACGUCGACGAGAAGUGGCCUCAGGCAAACGGAAACGCUAUGCGGGGGAAUCGUUUAAUUGUUCGAUCAUGUGAAAACGUAUAAAAGGACCUUCGUGGGCCUGAACAGGGGUUAGUUGAAAGAUGGUCCGUGGACCCAACGGUCGCCGACAUCGUUAUGUCCCUCGAAUACGACUCCGGCGACGUGGAUUACAACGCGGCGCUAGGCUACCGCUUUUGGCAAUGGCUCUCUCGCCUCUGUGGCUCAGGAAAUACAAACCAAGAGUCCGUAUUCGACGCCCGGACUAACCGACGACCCAAACGAAAAGCCGUCACGUUUGCUUUGGAUUGGGACGACCAGUAUGAAGCGGCCUUGUGUUCACGGUGUCGAGAUCACAUGCAAACGCAUUAUCAUGGCGAAUUGUGUGGUAGGUGUGGAGCCAUUUUUACCAUAAAUAGACCUUGGUCGUUGCCUGAACUCAAGAUUCAUCAUGGGGUGGCGCAUGGAACGUCAAGCCCCGUUCUUAAAAAGUGUCUUACAAGAAGCCAAUCAACACAAACGACAAGAAUUGUUGCGGAUGGCCAAUGCGGAUCAGAUCAAUGCUAUCAGUGAAUUGGUGAUGAACACCCUCCGUGGCACGGUGCCCCGUUCCCGACACACCAUCACGUUGCUCAAACCCCACGCCCAGAGUCUACGCGCCAUGGCCAAACCCGCCCAUUCCGUCAAACGACGACGCGCCAUCAUGAUGGCUCAAAAAGGGGGCGCCCUCUGGCCUGAACUCUACCGAUGUUAUAAACGUUGCAUGCGCUAGACAAGACACCUCAGUUGCACCAUGGAACCCGAGAUGGUGAGCACCACGGUGGACAACGCCCCUGCUUUUUUAUAA